AUGAACAGGAUAAUCUCCUUCACAUCUGGCAUCUUCACGGUCCUCAAUACUAUCCAGCUCUUCGUAUUCGACAUGAACCAGACGGUGUGGAUUAGAUAUAUGCUUCGGUUCAGUCUCUUUUGGGAGGUGCAGUCCAAAACAGUCAACUGGAUCCUGGCCCAGGAGGUCUUUAUCAGUAUCUUCCUCUCCUCCAUCACCUUGAGCACCAGCGCCUUCUUCCUCUAUUGCCUCCACACCAAAAGCUAUGUGGGCCUGGCGGUCUACAGCGGAUGGAUCGUCAUCUACGAGCUCCUUUCCUUCUCCCUGGGGAUGCUGGCCAAAGGGAUCAUCAAGAAUCAGUUCAAGGAACUCGUUUACCUCAAGUUCACCUUCCAGAUACUGCGCAUGCUCCUCCACUUCCUGGCACUGCCCUUCAUCCUCAGGUACAUGCUGAGCCUCUACCAGGAAGCCAAGACCCAGGUCCGCGUGGCCCGCUACUGCUACUCCUCGGGCAGCAUGACUCAAGGGCGCUCCAUGCUCAGGACGGGACCAGUGUACCAACACCGGCUGCCCUGA